AGAUCAGAACUUGUUGUCCUAUGUUUACGCAGAGACUACGGCGCUAGGACCACGAAGCGGACUGUGCUACAGGAGCCUUACAGACAGACGCUGGGAGGUGUAGUGGGAGAAAAGCAACUGAAGCGGAGUAGAUGCGAACACUUUAUUUCAGGUUAUUAACGGACUUAUCAUCAAGACAAAUCACCGACAGAGCACCUUAAAAUGGAACGGACAGACUGUUGAAAACCUGUUCAGGUUCCUGGUGGGAAGGCACCUCCGCACUCCAAGGACAGGCCUCCAGACUCCUGUCCAGGCAGAGAGAGGGACGGCGGGGGCACAGGAGUGAGGCUCUCCCUGACAGAGCCCUGGAGACCCCUCACCAUCCUCCAGCAUGGCUGAUGUGGCGAUCGUGAAGGAGGGAUGGCUGCAUAAAAGAGGAGAACACAUUAAGACAUGGAGGCCGAGGUACUUCCUGCUGAAGAGUGAUGGGACGUUCAGCGGCUACAAGGAGCGACCGCAGGAUGUGGUUGCCCUGGAAACCCCCUUAAACAACUUCUCCGUUGCACAGUGUCAGCUGAUGAAGACAGAGAGACCCAGACCCAACACAUUCAUUAUGCGCUGUCUGCAGUGGACCACGGUCAUCGAGCGAACCUUCCACGUGGAGACCCCUGAGGAGAGGGAGCAGUGGACCACAGUCAUCCAGACGGUGGCUGACAGCCUCCACAAGGAGGAUGACAUGAUGGACUCGUCCCCAGACCUCAUGGACAUGGAGGUGUACCUGACCAGACCCAGACUCAGAGUGACGAUGCACGACUUUGAGUACCUGAAGCUGCUGGGCAAAGGGACGUUUGGGAAGGUGAUCCUGGUGAAGGAGAAGGCCACAGGACGAUAUUACGCCAUGAAGAUCCUAAAGAAGGAAGUGAUUGUAGCAAAAGAUGAAGUGGCACACACACUCACAGAAAACCGAGUGCUCCAGAAUUCCAAACAUCCAUUCUUGACGGGUCUGAAGUACUCCUUCCAGACCCCUGACCGGCUGUGCUUCGUCAUGGAGUACGCUAACGGGGGAGAGCUGUUCUUCCACCUGUCCCGGGACAGGGUUUUCUCGGAGGAGCGGGCUCGGUUCUACGGAGCGGAGAUCGUGUCGGCGCUGCACUACCUCCACGCUGAGAGGAAUGUGGUCUACAGAGAUCUGAAGCUGGAGAAUCUGAUGCUGGACAUAGACGGACAUGUGAAGAUCACAGACUUCGGUCUGUGUAAGGAGGGCAUCAAGGACGGAGCCACCAUGAAGACCUUCUGUGGGACCCCCGAGUACCUGGCCCCCGAGGUGCUGGAGGACAACGACUAUGGCCGGGCGGUGGACUGGUGGGGCCUGGGCGUGGUCAUGUACGAGAUGAUGUGCGGCCGGCUGCCCUUCUACAACCAGGACCACAAGAAGCUGUUUGAGCUGAUCCUCAUGGAGGAGAUCCGCUUCCCGAGCACCCUGCGGGCACAGGGUCGCUGUCUGCUGUCUGGCUUGCUGAGGAAGGACCCCAAACAGAGGUUAGGUGGCGGGCCUGACGAUGCUAAGGAGAUCAUGCAGCACAGCUUCUUUGCUGGGAUUGAAUGGCAGGAUGUCUAUGAGAAGAAGCUGGUCCCGCCUUUCAAGCCACAGGUUACCUCGGAAACAGACACUCGGUAUUUCGACGAGGAGUUCACAGCACAGACGAUCACCAUCACACCACCUGGACAAGAUGACAGCAUGGAGUCAUUCGACAGCGAACAGAGACCUCAUUUCCCACACUUCUCCUACUCAGCCAGUGGAACAGCCUAACCUGCUUCCUCACCCUCCCUCCCCCCCAGCUCCCUCCUCCCCAGCUCCCUCCCCCCCAGCCUCACCCCCCCAGCCUCACCCCCCCAGCCUCACCCUCCCAGGCCCCCUCUCCUCACAGCACUCUACCCAACAGCCAGAUCAUUGGUUGUUUGAAGUGGCCUGUGUGACCAUGGGUGAUCAUGUUAAACUGUAGUAGCAGCCAGUUGACAGUGAUGUUCAGACCUCCUUCUAUCCUGAAUGGUAGAACUGCCGUUGCGUUGGCAUGGUAACCAACGCUGACUGUUUACACUUCCUCAAACAUUGUGUAGUUUUUUUCUGCAGCGUCAUACUGUACUGUACAAUGUGCAUUAUACAAGACAAUACUCAUUUCAGAGGAUCAUCACCUUUAGGAAUAGACAGACAUACGUGGGACCAGCUUGACCAAUGACUAUGUUUCCAUGGUAAUCAGAGUUUAAUAUCUGAAUUCCACACAACUUAGUAUUUAAACUUCCUGUAAAAACACUUUGGUUUUUGACGUUUUUUUUUGUUUCUUUUUCUGUUGGAGAACACAACAGAUCCAUUAGGACUAAAUAUCCAUCCUUUGAAACAGAUUUUCUUUCUUCCACGCUCAAAGUUUCAUUGAACAAAAUAAAGAAUGCUGUAGAUAACUGCAGGUCUAAUCUGCAGUGCUGUCCUUUAACACAAAAGGUGUUUGUAACAUGCUGAAAGGGACAAGUGCAGAGAUCCCGCCGGAAUCGGUCAAAUCAAUUCCUUUUCCAAAACACUCUUGAUGUCAGAAAUGCCAAACAUGAAGAAUAUUGACUCUGAGGAGAUGUAAGGUGAUGGUAAAAGCUAACUUGCAAUGUAUUUCAAUUGUAACUGUUUAUCUGUAGCCAGUGAAAGAUGAAUUUCCUGUUGUGUGUAUGAGGUCAGGCUCUAACAGCUUUCUGAAAGGGAUGGCUUCCCUCAGAACCAGCCAUCAGGUACUCAAGCUUCCUACGGAAUCAGGGAAUCAUCCCCCCUCUCCCCCCC